AUGUCCUCCCCCCAAGCAAUCACCUCCAUCUCCCUCCAAUCCCUCCCCAAGCUCUCCCAGGGCAAAGUCCGCGACCUCUUCGACCUCGACGCCAGCACCCUCCUCUUCACGGCCACCGACCGCAUCUCAGCCUACGACGUCGUCCUCGCCAAUGGCGUGCCCCAAAAGGGCCUCCUCCUCACCCAGAUCUCGGCCCAUUGGUUCUCCGUGCUCGAGCAGAAGGUGCCCGGCCUGAAACACCACCUGCUAUCCCUGUCGGCCCCGGCCUCAGCUCCGUUGACGCCUGAGGAACGCAGCCUGCUGCGCGGACGAACCAUGACCUGCCGCAAGCUCAAGGUGUUCCCCAUUGAAGCUAUUGUGAGAGGCUACAUCACCGGCAGCGCAUGGAGCGAGUACGUCGCCCACGGCACUGUCCAUGGCAUCCCUCAGCCGGCUGGGCUAGAGAAAUGUGGCGCGUUCCCGAACGGGCCUAUCUACACUCCUUCUACCAAGGCCCCCGCUGGAGAGAAGGAUGAGAACAUCUCCCCUGAGCAGGCCGUCAAGAUUGUCGGCGAGAAGUACGCCGCUCGAAUCGCAGAGCUGAGUCUCUCGGUGUACAGCGCCGCCGCCGCUUACGCCCGUGAACGCGGCAUCAUUGUGGCUGAUACCAAGUUCGAGUUCGCCCUGGACGAGGCAACCGAUGAAGUUGUUCUGGUCGAUGAAGUCCUGACCCCUGACAGCUCAAGGUUCUGGAAUGCCGCCGAGUGGAAAGCCGGCGUCGAAGCCCCAUCGUACGACAAGCAGUAUGUUCGGGACUAUCUCACAAGCAAUGGCCUCAAGGGCAAGCCGGAUGUCGAGCUUCCCGAAGCCGUCGUCAAAGAGACUGCGGCCAAGUACCAGGACGUGUUCGAGAAGCUAACGGGCAAGACGUUGGACCAAGCUCUGGCCGCUUUGGACAACGAGUCAUGA